AUGAUGGUCACAAAUUGCUUCGACGAACUAUUAUGCAUCGCACGCCAUGUCUCUCCUUGCCAAACCCCCGGCUCUGCGGGUUUCGCUCGUUCUGCGCUGCAUAUCCUCGUCGCCGUUAUCGCCUUCCUCGACCUCACCGUCGCAUACCAGGCCCUCUCCGACGAUGUCCUCCGCGCGCUCCCAUCAGCUGGUUCUGAUUUCGACAUCAACAACGGCGCCCUCCUCGCACCCAUCUUGAUACCCCGCGUCCCGGGCACCGAAAACUCCCUGAUCGUGCAGCACCACUUUAUCGACUUCUUUAAGCGGACACUUCCCAAGUGGACCAUUGAGCUCCACAACAGCAGCGCCACCACCCCGACCUCCAAAACACAAGAGAUACCCUUUGUCAACUUGAUCUUUAGGCGAGACCCUCCCUGGGCCGCCGAGGGCGAUGUUAGCCGUCUAACCCUCGUCGCGCACUACGACAGCAAGAUUGAACCCAAGGGUUUUAUCGGAGCCACCGACAGUGCUGUCCCCUGCGCCGUUCUCAUGCACGCCGCUCGCAGCCUCGACGAUGCGCUUACCCAGAAGUGGGAGGCCAUGAAAGCGAGUGGGGAGGCAGGAAAUGGGCUUGAGGAGGAGAAGGGUGUGCAGAUUGUCCUCCUAGAUGGCGAAGAGGCCUUUGAGACGUGGACUUCCACCGACUCGCUUUAUGGAGCUAGGGCCCUCGCGGAGGAGUGGGAAAGGGGCUUCUACCCUGCCGCGUCCCAGUUCAAGAGCCCCCUCACUUCCAUCAGCCUCUUCGUCCUCCUCGACCUCCUCGGUUCCAUCACCCCGUGGCCGCGCGUGCCAUCCUAUUUCCUCACCACACAUUGGGCGUACCAGGCAAUGGCCAAGGUUGAGAAGCGUCUGCGCGACCUCGGGACCCUUCAGAGCAAGCCGUCCUCUGGCGUCCCGCAGUUUCUCACCGACAGCGACAAGCAAGCAUCCUCUUUCAAUCGUGGCUAUAUUGAGGAUGAUCAUAUCCCUUUUAUGGCCCGCGGCGUCGAGAUCCUUCACAUCAUCCCGUCGCCGUUCCCGGACCAGUGGCACGAUCAGAGGGGUAUCCCCGACGACGGCGCCCAUCUAGAUAUCCCUUCAAGCGACGACUGGGCCAAGAUCGCUCAACCAAAGGCCGCUCUUGCGCAACCGCUGGCGCUCGACACGACGGACUCGAUCAAGCUCAUCCUGACAACCAAGGAGAACGGCAAGGGCAAGAGGCCUCACCAGGCUUUCGUCGUGAUUAAGGAGGAAGACGGUGGCUUGAGGCUCCCUCGCGCUUUCGAAAAGCCCCUACGCGCCAGCAUCGUUAUCGGCUCCUUCGGCUCGUCUCAAGGCCUCGUUGCGCCUCUCUUCGACAUUGAUCUCGUUGUCAACCCCAAUGUCGCUCCUCCCCAGUACGAGAAGCCUCUCCGAUAUGGAAAGCUACCCGAGAUCCACCACAUCUUUGGCAACCCGCCCAAGACCCCGCCCAAGGUCUUGUCUCUCGUCUUUACCAUUGCUGUUCUCGCCACCAUCCCUGCUCUCUUCAUCGGCUGGAUCGCCGUCGGUGCCAAUCUUGCCCACCUCCAAUCCGCCCUUGGCGCAGCGCCCCUUUCCCAUGCCGCUUUCUUCGGUUCUAUCUUGGCUAUGGAAGGUGCCUUCUUCAUGUACUAUAAGAGCUGGACCUUGGGCCAGCUUCUCCCAGCCAUUGGUGUUAUCAGCGCCGUAAGCUUCCUCAGUGGCACCAAGGCUCUCGGCGAGGUCCAAAGCAGGCGCCUAGCCGGUGAGCGAUAA